AUGUUUUUGAACCGCAGCACCGUGGAUAAUGUUUACGGGGUGGAAAAUCAAGUCAGUCCGGUGGUGUACGUUAGUGCGGCGAUCACGUUGGGAUUUAUCGGAUUCUUCGGGUUCACCAUGAACCUUUUGGUGGCGGUGGUGAUCGUCAAAGACGCGGAGACACUUUGGACACCUGUCAACGUGAUCCUGGUUAAUCUUGUCGUUGGCGACUUCCUGGUGGCCGCAUUUGGGAAUCCUGUCGCCAUGGUAUCCGCUAUCACAGGCGGAUGGUACUGGGGUUACAAAAUGUGUCUCUGGUAUAACUCAUUGUACGCUUGGUUCAUGUCCACAUUGGGGUUCGCCAGUAUCGGAAACCUAACAGUGAUGGCUGUUGAAAGAUGGUUAUUAGUGGCCAAACCCAUGAAAGCCUUGUCCAUAAGACACGCAAUAAUACUUGGAUUUUUCGUAUGGAUCUACGCACUCUGCCUCUCCCUGCCGCCGCUAUUUGGUUGGGGUAGUUACAGCCCGGAGGCAGGAAACGUGUCUUGCAGCGUGUCCUGGGAAGUCCACGACCCUGUCACCAAAACCAAGAGCUACAUAGGAUUCCUCUUCAUAUUCGGCCUGAUUAUCCCGGUCUUGGUGAUCAGCAGCAGUUACACAGCGAUUAUACUAACUUUGAGGAGAGUGCGAAAGAGAGCAGGUGCAAGUGGAAGACGCGAAGCGAAGAUCACGAAAAUGGUCGCACUAAUGAUCACGGCCUUUUUACUCGCCUGGUCGCCUUACGCUGCCCUUGCAAUCGCCGCACAGUAUUUCGACGUAAGUGAAACCAUCAGCGUCGGUAGCUGUACUUCCGGCGUUAUUGGCCAAAUCCUCCAUUUGUUACAAUCCUAUAAUCUACGCAGGUUUGAACAGUCAGUUUCCUCGAUCGUUGAAGAAGAUCUUCGACAUACGGACAACGAGGAGCACAGCACCGGACAGUCAAAACACCGCACUCACGAUGAUGAACAGGCAAGAGCAGAGAAAUUGAGGAUCUAUUGGGACAACGGUCGU